CGAGGAGGCGCUCCCUGGACACACUCCUUCCCCAUGCUCACCUAAGAACUGCGCUAACACACAGGACCUCAGCAUGACCACCCUCUACUCUGAUUGGGCUACAGAAAGCUUUGAGUACGAUGAGUCUUCAGAAGCCUGUUUCAUAGGGGACAUCGUGGCCUUCGGAACCGUCUUCCUGUCCAUAUUCUACUCCCUCGUCUUUGCCUUUGGCCUGGUGGGGAACUUGUUGGUGGUAUGUGCCCUCACCAGCAGCCGGAAGCCCAAGAGCAUCACGGACAUUUACCUCCUCAACCUGGCCUUGUCUGACCUGCUCUUCGUGGCCACACUGCCCUUGUGGACUCACUAUGUGAUAAGUGAACAAGGCCUCCACAAUGCCGUGUGCAAACUCACGACGGCUCUGUUCUUCAUCGGCUUCUUUGGGGGCAUAUUCUUCAUCACUGUCAUCAGCGUCGAUAGGUACAUGGCCAUUGUCCUGGCCGCCAACUCCAUGAACAACCGGACUGUGCAGCAUGGCGUCACCACCAGCCUUGGCAUCUGGGCAGCAGCCAUCCUGGUGGCGGCUCCCCAGUUCAUGUUCACAAAGCGAAAAGGAAACGAAUGUCUGGGUGACUACCCCGAGGUCCUACAGGACAUCUGGCCUGUGCUUCGGAACACAGAAGCCAACUUCCUUGGCUUCCUGCUUCCCCUGCUUAUUAUGAGUUACUGCUACUUCCGAAUCAUCCAGACCCUGUUUUCCUGCAAGAACCACAAGAAAGCCAAAGCCAUCAAACUCAUCCUACUGGUAGUCAUCGUGUUUUUCCUCUUCUGGACACCCUACAAUGUUAUGAUUUUCCUGGAGACGCUCAAGCUCUAUGGCUUCUUUCCCAACUGUGACAUGAAGAGGGACCUGAGGUUGGCCCUGAGUGUGACCGAGACGGUGGCAUUUAGCCAUUGUUGCCUCAAUCCCCUUAUCUACGCAUUUGCUGGACAGAAGUUCAGACGAUACCUUCGCCACCUGUCCAGGAAAUGCCAGGCUGUCCUGUGCGGCCGUCCAGUCCACGUCAGUUUCUCCCCAUCUGAGUCGCAGAGGAGCAGGCAGGAAAGCAUUGUCAGCAGCAAUUUCACUCACAACACGAGUGAUGGAGACGCGUCCCUCCUUCUCUGAAGGAUCCCCGAAGUCUUGUCUCUACAGAGCUCGCAGUUCCUAAGUCUGACAUGGAAGACUGAGAACAGAUUUUUAUUGUUCCCCGAUUCUCACAAAACAACCUCAGAGUGUUUCUGAGA